AUGGCAGAAAGAAUCAAGGAGACUAACUUCAAUUCAGAUCUCUUUAGCAGUAUUAUCCCUUGUUCAUCAAACUCUCCACCCUGGACACUACCACUACCAGAUUUCGACACAACCCUCAAGAUAUAUCAAAAAAUGCAAACCAACUAUAGAGAAAUAUAUAACAGAUACCAAGUCAUCAUCGAGUCUCAUCCGAACUUCAAACUGAUUUUUACAGAUGCCUCAAAGUCAUCACAUGGGGUUGGCUAUGCCGCAGUCUCUGACAAUCAACGAAUAUCCUCUUCACUACCACAACAUUGCAGCGUCUACACUGGAGAGCUGACAGCCAUCAAGGAAGCGCUCAAUCUGGCACGAACAGCAACAGAUGCCAACUUCUUAGUAGUGACGGAUUCGCUGAGUGCACUGGAAGGUAUCAAACAGUUGUACCCUCGCAACUGCAUACUCAGGGGAAUUAAGGACAUGCUGCGUCUGCUGUACAACGACAAGAAGAGGAUAAAGUUUCUGUGGGUACCCUCACAUACUGGAAUCCCAGGCAACGAAGAGGCUGACAAAGAAGCAUCAAGAGCGGCAGUCCCUUCAAGCAGAAGUGUGAUUCGUACACCCUACCAAGAUUUGAAAGGACUAAUAAAAGUGCACAUAACCAGUCUUUGGCAACAGAAAUGGAAUGGCAGUCACAGCAAACUACUCGCAAUUGCUCCAGAUGUCAACACGCGAUUCACCCUACCUUCAGGAAGAAGGAACCAGAUAAUUAUGUCACGUCUCCGGAUAGGCCACACACUAGUGACUCACAAGCACAUCUUCGAAGGAACCGAUGCCCCAGUUUGUUCAACGUGCAACCAGCGGCUCACGGUGGUUCACAUCCUGAUGGAGUGCCCUACUUAUCAAAAUGCCAGAAGUCUCAACCACCUUUCUAAUGACAUCAGUGAAGUGACGUUGAGCGGGCGUAGUGAAUGCAAUACCGGGAUACCGGGAUCCCGAAAUACCGGGAUCUCGCAUGCCAUGUGCAGGAUUAAUCCCGUUCGUAAAAUGAGCACGGGAUUAGCGGGAUUGAAGAGAAGCGAAAUUCAUGUGUUACGUAGCGCACGGCUGCGCGUGCGCGCCGACUGA